AAACCUCAACAUUGCAUUUUCUUUAAUUUUUUCUGAAAGUCCAACAACAAAAAAGAAGAAACAGCUUUCUGCUAAAAAAAAAAAAAAGUUUUCGGCUCGACCUGCAGCCCACCACCAUGACCAUUAAUUAGUUAUUAGUAUGUGACUACGUGGCUUCGCUGCUAUGCAACAUGUGCCUCAACCCAUUCUCAUCAGCCUCAAAAGAUAUUUUAGCGAACAAUUGAACUGCAACACCAGACCUGGCCUCUCCCUUGGCCUCUACUCCGGUCGUUUCCAUACCCAUGGAAAACUUCUUCUUCAUAAACUCAUACUCCAUAUCACCUUCUUCUAACAUAACCAGUCUCACCCGAGUGAAAACCUCGAAGAGAUCUGAAACAAUGGAGGCGGGGGAGCUCGAUUCGGAGCAAUCCGACCCGGAAUCGUGGCUUUUUCCGUCAUUAUCAACAAUCAUGGAGGCUUGGUACUUGCUAAUUUGUUCGCUCUAUGCCAUCUGGAAUCUACGAUAAUCGAAUUGACCUAUUUGAAUUUUUGAAUUUGAAAUCGACGAGAAUCGGGUUUUCGAGAAGGUGUGAAGAUCCGGGGUUAUGGUCUAUAGGGGAUACUGCUAAGUCUAAAUCUUUUCUUCAAGCUUAAAUCAUCACAGUGAAAUAAUAGGCUUGAGCUAUGGAUAAAAACCCCAAUUUUGACUCUUCCGACUUCAACUCAGAUGGAUAAUUUUAGGGCCUAGUUAUAUGGUAAUGGUAGAUAUUAGCAUUGGCAACUCAGAUGGAUAAGCAUUAAGCAGCUUCUUACCUCUUGGGCAUAUUACGUUACUGCCCUCAGGUUGUCACAGUAACAGCAAUUUUUUACUGAUAACGAUGGUUAUCUCCCCAAUUACCUUAUUGGCCUUUGCAAUUCACAUCGUGUGGACAGAAAUCAGCCACGCAUGCCUGGCCCACAGGGGCUCACCCUACGUAGGGCGCAUUCCAGCCGCACCCUUCAUGCAAGCCUUUAGUUUUCUUGCUGCACUUCAAGUUUGACUUCAUGUUGUCAUCAUCUUACUGACCAUAGCAGCUGAUCAUUAAUUAAACUGCCACCACCACCAUAUGUUGCUUUGAUUGCCACCUCCGUUCACCACCGCUUCAAAUGCAAAAACAUUUACCAAUUUUCAGCUUGACUUUUUGUUGAUUCUAGGAACAAAAAGAUGAAUUUAAUUAUUCUUAUCUUGGCUCCAGAAUGUGAUUUUGCCUUAACAAUUGACACAAAAGCUUUUGCGUAUGUAGGGUCAAUUGAGUCUACACCGCCAAGCCCCGGAGAUCAAUUUCAGAGAGGUUACAAAGGCGAAACAUUAAGGGUGAGGCUUUGUAUUUCUUUGCUUGGCAUUAUGAACUGGUAGUUUGGGAUUUGUAUUUCUUUUUGGAAGUGGUGGUGGAAAAGUUUUGAUAUGGUAGAAGGAUAAAAGCAAGGCAGCAAGGGAGGCAUUUUAUGUGAUGGGUUUUGCUGCGUUUGGAAGAAGAAAAUGUACUGCACAGGUUGUGAUAUCGGAAUUCGGCCGUUCAUGAACGACCCCAUGUUCCAAUAUUUAAAACCCCAGCAGCCGUGUUGCAUUAAGACGUCGGCCGUUCAUGAACGACCAUGUUAGUCUUAAUUCAAGAGGAGAUUGCUCGGCCGUUCUUGAACGACCAUGGUUGUCUCAAAAGGGUGUUGGUUGUUCAUGAACAGCCCCCUUUUGCCUUGAAGAAAACCUGUUAAUUCCCUGCCGAAGCAAGCAAGAGCAGCAUGAUGCAGUGUAUACCUGAACUUCUCCCUUCGAGCUGCUUCGAUUUCGCUCUCUGUUUUGGCAGAGUCUUGGCUUCUUGUUUUCUGAAUAUUUUUCUCCUCUCUCUCCGUCUGUCUUUCUUUUCACGUUAUUGUCCUUUUAUAAUAGUAUAGCUGCUCCUCAGAUAACUUUGCUUUCCGCAGGACUUGUAACUUUGAAAUUUGAAUGACAAACUUUGAAUUUUGGAUAACAAGCUUAUCUUGUAUUUUGACCAGCAACAAUCCCGAGUUUGCUUCACGUUUGAAGUCUUUUUCAAUCAAAGCUAAUAGACUUUGACUAUCAGCAUAUCUCUUUUGCUUCUUUUUGAAUGGCCUAUUUGCCGUUUGAAAUGGUCAAGGCUGUAACAACAUGUAUAAACUUAUCCAUGUGGGAUUUUGAAUGUAAUUCAUUGCAAGUGUAUUAUUAUUAUUAUUUUUUUUCUUUUUUUACGGCAGCCAUAUAUGUAGCAACCAACUUUUUUAUAUCUCAACAGUUGCCCCCCAAGCAUCGUGCGUGAAAAGACUUUGCACGUGCGAGGCUUGAUAUUUCCCACUUACCAAUCUGUAUUUCUGUGUAUAGGUAAAUGGAUGCUCAAGGAUUUCUUUGCUCCGAGCGAGCCCCAAAGAGGCAAGGGAAGGAUCUUGACUACGGUCCUGAAUACCGAAGAUCGUUACCUUUGAACUCAAUCAGUCUCACGGUGUCCCUUGAGAGUAGGCCUACCUGGGUUACCACUGCCAACUUGAAUUCUGGUCACCUUAGAUUUGAUCCUCAUGCCGAAGACGGUGUUAUAAAGAAUGUUCGCUACUUCGGUGCUCAUUUUGAUGCUCACACGUUGAUGAAGGCGAACAAUGAAGAGGACGGUGACGACAAGUUCCCAGUUGGAGAAGAUUUUUACCUAGCCCUUCAUAGAAUGCUGAAGUGUAAGAAAGACUGGGGUGAAGACUUCUGCUUUCGAGGUCGGGCCGUAUUUGCGCAUGGCAUUCUAGAAUGGACGGAAACCACCCUAACUGACUUUGAAGAGACAUUAGACAAAGCCGGUAUCUUUGGUGCAGUUGCUGUUUCCCGUUAUCCGUAUGAGUAUUGCAGUAAUGUGUGGAGGGCAUUCUGUGAGCUGUGGGGGGCUUUAACAAACACUUUUCACCAUGCAGAUGGGGAAAUGAGCAUCUCUUUGCAUGAUUUGAAUGUUAUUGGAGGAUUGCCUGUUUCAGGAGAAUCAUACGAAGAAUUCGUUCCUCCAAACAAAGAUCUGGUGAAGGUUGAAUUAUAUCCUCCUACGGUUGCAGAGCUCUUGAGGAUUUACACCUAUCUGUGCGCUGCUUAUAAGAGCAGAUAUGUCUACUGGCCAUGGUGGAUCGAACAUUUUUAUCGUGGGGAGAUAAUUUACGGAGCCUAUGGUGAAUGUAAGAAUUCUGGGGUUCCGAAACUGAGAGAACCAAAGCUUGAGUUGAAGAUUUCAAAGCAAGGAAGACUGGCUGCAUUCCUCGCGUUCUGGCUUAGCAGGUUUGUUCUCCCCUCCAACAGUAAGAAGAUAAGGCCUGAGACUUUUUAUAUGGUCUCUUUGAUGGCACAGGGCAUCAGGGUAUCUCUUGCGCCCACAGUACUGGGUUAUGUGUACCAUGGUCUUGCUUUGAUUAUCACCACCGUUCACCACCGCUUCAAACACAAAAAGCACUCGCAAGUUUGAGCUUGCCUUUUUGUUAAUUAAAUCACCAGUUCUGAGAACAAAUAGAUGAAUUUAAUUAUCCUUGUCUUGGUUCCAGAAAGUAAUUUUGCCUUUCAACUAACAAUUGACACGAAAGCUUCUGCAUAUGUAGGUUCAAUUGAGUCUACACCGCCAAGCUCCAGAGAUCAAUUUCAGAGUGGUAAGUACUGCAAAAACCAGCAGUCUCGCUAACCCUCUUCUUUUAUUUCUCUUCCUUUGUCUGCGGCUCUGCCUUCUAACUUUCUUCUUUUAUUUCUUUUUGUAUGCAGGUUACAGAGGCGAAACUUGACCGACUCAUGCAUGAUCUGUUUUGAUUGCAUGGGAGUUCAAAUACUUACGGAUAAGACCAUAGAUUCAAAAGAAACAAAAGAACUUAAUAGUUCAGGCCAACUCGUCAUUUCUUGUUGGCUUCCUGUUUCUCUUCCUUAAGAGAUAAGCAUAGAGACUAAUUAACCAACGCUUGGCCUACCUCCCUGCGCACUUGUCUCUAUUGCUUUGAAACCCUUUGAUCAGACAAUUACAUGAGAUUGCUUUACGUUUGAAUUGGUAAAAUAACCAACCAAUCUUCAAAAAGAAAGCUUAUCAAUAUGAGACUGAAUGUAUUUCUUUUUUUUCUUGUCUCACAAAAGCUAGCUCUCUACAAGCAUAUAAUUGUGCACCAUCAAUAUAUUUUUUUUUUUUGUAAUGGGCUCCCACCAUAUAAUUUUUGGACUUGUGAUUUUUUUGGUUUCAACACUAACCAACUAAAGUACUGUUAGCGGUAGUAAGAAAUUCACAUUGACAAUGAGUAGGGAAGGUACUUAGAGUUAUUAUGGAUUUAUAGCUUAAGGGCUAAUAUAUCCCCCAUAAGCAAAUGAAUUGAAACAAGCUGCAUAUGAUGUAAUGCUAAUUUCACAGCGAAAGUCGUAUAACAUAAGUCUGUGAUCGUCUAUCGUCUGUCAAUGUGUGUAAAGAGAUACGAAAACAGACUAUUAACUAUGGUCAAAUAUGAUGUAUUAAUGGUAACAAAAUUACAACUACACAUGUAAAACAAUAUAAAACAAAAUACUACGCACGCGUGAGCGCAGACCUUCUGCACGCGCGUUUUUAAUAUGAUUAUACACUACCUAAGUAAUUAAUGCUGAUUUGAACACACAUUUUUUCUGAUCCUCCUUUAGGAAAUCCCUCUCAUAGUGAGAUCAUUUGGGUCAUUGCAGAAAAUAGAGAUGAGGGGAAGGAGAAAAAAGAGAUGAGAAGAGAAAACAAAUGAAGCCGAGAAGAAACGGUUGAAGAAGCAUGGAAAAGAAGGAAAAAAAACCGAAGAGAAUGUAAAGAGGCCAAGUUAUCAAAUCUUGAUUAAUUGUGAAGUUGGUAGAAUAUUUGUCAAUCUCAGGCACUUGGUUUUUAUUAGAAAUGAAUGAUGUGAUGCACAUGCGAACCAUAGCACGAUCAAAAAUAUAAUUCGCAUGCAUGAGCGCGGCCCUUCUGCACGCACGUUUGCAAAUUAUUGGGAAUGAUGGUUAAAUUUUUGAAACUCCUAUUAUGUCCUUUAUUGAUUGAAUUGUUUAAAAAAUAAAAAUGAUAUUACAAGGCUAAAAUAGUAAAUAAACAAAAUCAGUUUUUUCUUUUCAAGAAAUUACAAACAAAAAAUAAGGAACAAAAAACCCCACGUUUGUAACUGUGAGUGGUAAUUUGCUGCCUUCAAAUUUUUUUUCUUUUUGUUUAAUUUCCUUAAAAUUUUCAGCUUUUAAAUUUUUUUAAUAAAAGCAAAUUGGCAAGCACGGAGUGCAUGCCAAGAGGCUAGUAUAUUUUGAUAAGGAAGCAAAUACAAAUUGUGUUAUAGGUGUGACUUCCAGAUUAAACUAAGCUUUGAUUGUGAUUAUAGUUGUGAACAAUGUUUGAAAUAUUUAUCGAUAUAUCUCUUUUUUGAGUAACCGAUAUAUUAUACAUGGACAAUGUACAUGUAUCAUGUUGCCAACCAUACUCAGCUAGGACUUGGAGCAACCUCCGAACGUCCAAAAGCCUUACCAGUGUUACCUCUAGCAACACAGGAAGUAGGACUGUAGCUUGAGUCAAGCUCAGGCCUGAAAACAUCAUGAUGCGUCAUCACGCGUGUCAAAAACAUGACCACUCAUGAGGGUCCAAAAGCUGAAAACUGAUGCACAUCAAAGACAAAAUGGAACUCCUCCUUCCACUCGGCUAUAAAAGGUUCCUCUCUCUCUCUCUCUCUCUCUCUCUCUAUUAAGACACACAUUUAUUACUAACCUACCGUUACUCUGUUAACAUAAAUACAUUCAUUGACUUAGGCAUAAGAGGAACGAAGAGUGCCAACCGCGAUCUCACUCUUAACGCUAGUGUAAUUUACUUGAUAGGUGACACUAUUGCAUUCCCUCUCUAAAUUAACUGAGACUUUAGACCUGUGUUAGCAUUAACAAGAUUCAACAACACCAUGAAUCUUGAGCAUUAACAUUGGCGCCGUCUGUGGGAA